CGGAAGCAGGGCUCCGCCUCCUCGCUCGGAACUCCCCCCUCCCUGAAUCCCCCCCCGCCUCUCGUAAGCGCUCCCGGUCGGAUGGUGUUGGCUGUGUCUACAUGCUCAGCUUCCUGGUCAGGCCUCCUCACCACCUCCUGUCCCUUCUGUGGCCCGGAUUGCGGAUACCUCAACGCUCAGUACUCUGUGCUCGAUCCAGGCCCAGAGCUAUGGCUAGCUUCUCUUCCUCCUGGGAAAUGCCCCUGGUGGCUGUGUGCCAGGUAACAUCCACACCAGACAAGCAGCAGAACUUCAAAGCUUGUGCUGCGCUGGUUAGAGAGGCUGCCAGACUGGGUGCUUGCCUGGCCUUCCUGCCGGAGGCAUUUGACUUCAUUGCACGGGACCCUGCUGAGACUCUACACCUGUCUGAGCCACUGGGAGGGACGCUUUUGGGAGAAUAUACCCAGCUUGCCAGGGAAUGUGGACUCUGGCUGUCCUUGGGUGGUUUCCACGAGCGUGGCCAGGACUGGGAGCAGACUCAGAAAAUCUACAAUUGCCACGUGCUUCUGAACAGCGAGGGGUCAGUAGUGGCCACUUACAGGAAGACACACCUGUGUGACGUAGACAUUCCAGGGCAGGGGCCAAUGCGCGAAAGCAACUCCACCACGCCUGGGCCCGGUCUCGAGCUGCCUGUCACGACACCAGCGGGCAAGGUUGGUCUGGCUGUCUGCUACGACAUACGGUUCCCAGAACUCUCUCUGGCAUUGGCUCAGGCUGGGGCAGAAAUACUUACCUACCCCUCAGCUUUCGGAUCUGUGACAGGCCCGGCCCACUGGGAGGUGCUGCUGCAGGCCCGCGCCAUCGAAACCCAGUGCUACGUUGUGGCAGCAGCCCAGUGUGGACGCCAUCAUGAGACGAGAGCAAGUUACGGCCACAGCAUGGUGGUGGACCCCUGGGGAACGGUGGUGGCCCGCUGCUCUGAGGGACCAGGCCUCUGCCUUGCCCGAAUCGACCUUGGUUACCUACGACAGGUGCGCCAACACCUGCCUGUGUUCCAGCACCGCAGGCCUGACCUCUACGGCAACCUGGGUCGCCCGCUGUGAGCUGGCGCUGCUGCCGUGUGGGGGGCACGCAGGCGCGCCUCCCCUCACUGGGAGAACCGUGCCUUCUGCAGGAACACAGGCUCAGCUUCUUGGGAAAGUAGGAAAUCACCUAAGCUCAGAUUUUAGUUUUGAAAAGGUGGAAUUUUAUACAGUCACUGUUUAUUUCAUGAAAACUGAAAUUAUGCUGAGGGCUGAGCAGCACUAGCAUUGAAAAAAAUAUAAUCAUCAUAAAGUCUG